CAUCCGCGGCAACCCCGGCAGGGACCAAAAAGGAAAGCCGAGGAGUAGAGAGAGAGAGAGAGAGCGGCGAGGUGGGGGAGGGGAGGGGAGGGAAGGGGAGAGAAGAAGGAAGGAGGAGGAGGAGAAGAGGAGGAGGGGAAGGCGAGAAGACGGAGCUGGCCGCUACGGCCGCCAGCGAAACCCUACCUCGCACCGCACCACCACCACUCCUUGUUGCCAUUUUUGGCAGGCAGGCAGGCCGUCGUUCGCGGGGGGAUCACCGCCGGCGAUCGAGGAUGGUGCGGGGGAAGACGCAGAUGAAGCGGAUAGAGAACCCCACGAGCCGCCAGGUCACCUUCUCCAAGCGCCGCAACGGCCUGCUCAAGAAGGCCUUCGAGCUCUCCGUCCUGUGCGACGCCGAGGUCGCCCUCAUCGUCUUCUCCCCGCGCGGCAAGCUCUACGAAUUCGCCAGCGCCAGUACACAGAAAACAAUUGAACGUUAUAGGACAUAUACAAAGGACAAUAUCGGCAAUAAGUCGGUACAGCAAGAUAUAGAGCAAGUAAAAGCUGACGCUGAAGGUUUGGCGAAGAAACUUGAAGCUCUUGAAGCUUACAAAAGAAAACUGUUGGGUGAAAAGUUGGAAGAAUGUUCUAUUGAAGAACUCCAUAGCCUGGAGGUCAAGCUGGAAAGAAGCCUCAUUAGCAUCAGGGGAAGGAAGACAAGGCUGAUGGAAGAGCAAGUUGCCAAGCUGAGAGAGAAGGAGAUAAAAUUGCGCAAGGACAACGAAGAUCUACGUGAAAAGUGUAAGAAUCAGCCUGCGGCCACGGUGGCCCCUGCUCCUUUAACUGAAGCUGCGAACCCUGACCUUAACAACAACGACGACGACGACGACAUGGAUGUGGAAACUGAGCUAUUCAUAGGGCUGCCUGGCAGAGGUCGCUCCAGCGGUGCUGCAGCAGAUGCUCAAGCAGAGCCCCAUUCUUAAGUAGCAAGCCCAGGAAUAAGCUGGAUAUCUGCGUUCAGAAAGGAGAUG